AUAUAUUUUCUUCAGAACUUAACUAUGGUACACAGCCCACCACAGCCUUUAUUGUGGUUUCGCCCUUGACCUUUGCUUCUCCUUGCAAUAGCCCUGUUUGAACGACCAGAGAGUUGCAGUUGAAGUUUCAUACUAGAGUUGACGACCCCUGUCUGAAAUGGCUUGCUAAGGGUUUCAGUUCAAAUUGCCCAAAACCCAACCAACCAAUCGACACAAUGGAGGACCUCGCAAAUGCAUUCUCUGUGCUGGAGCUUGACGCUGAAGACGACGAUCAAGCGCGAGAGGCCUCUUCUGUUUCCAAAAACAAAGAUGACACUACAAAAUCUUCAGGCAAGAAGACGGAGAAGAAAGUCAACAACUCUGAUAACAUUUUGCUAGUAAAAGAGAAAGAGAGUCAGCAAAAGCCUCUAGGAGAGUACAAGUUGCCCCUGGUAUGGAUUGACUUGGAAAUGACUGGUUUAAAUGUUGAAGUUGAUCGGAUACUAGAGAUUGCCUGUAUAAUUACUGAUGGAAAAUUAACCAAAUCAGUAGAGGGCCCUGAUUUGGUUAUUCAUCAAACUAAGGAGUGUUUAGAUAGGAUGGGCGAAUGGUGUCGAAGUCAUCAUGAAGCUAGUGGGUUGACAAAAAAGGUGCUGGAAAGUACAAUCAGUGAAAGAGAAGCUGAAAAGCAGGUCAUAGAAUUUGUAAUGAGAAACGUAGGAACAUAUACACCUCAGUUAGCAGGCAAUUCAGUUUAUGUGGAUUUUGCAUUUUUAAAGAAAUACAUGCCAGAUUUGGCUAGCCUUUUCUCCCAUGUAAUAGUGGAUGUUAGCAGUGUUAAAGCUUUAUGCGUUCGCUGGUAUCCUAGAGAUAGGAAAGCCCCUCCUAAAGAAAAUAAUCACAGAGCCAUGGAUGAUAUUAGAGAAAGUAUCAGGGAACUUAAAUACUACAAGGAGAAUAUAUUCAAAGCAUUUAAAAAAUGAUACAAGGAGGCUCCAAAGUUCUGAGUCUAUGGAUUGCUUCAUUGAGGUUUGACUUGGAAAGUACUUCCAUACUAGCAGCUUAUGUACAAUUAGUUCCGACCCUUUAUACAUGUCUGUCCCUUGAACUGUAACGAAAACUAUGUCGAUGCAUUGAACUAUCAUGGAUUAAUUUGUGUCGGGAAUCCAUCAUGUGGUGAUUGUUUUUAAUCUUAAUUUUCAUUAGAGAUUUGGUUGUACCUAAUGUUAAUAGAUCUCAUUCCUCGACUCUUUAAUUGUAUGAUUGUUUUUAUCCUUUUGUCUUAAA